AUGUGCUACGACCGCUACGUGUCCAUCUGCAAACCCCUGCACUACGGGACCCUCCUGGGCAGCAGAGCUUGUGCCCACAUGGCAGCAGCUGCCUGGGCCAGUGCCUUUCUUCAUGCUCUGCUGCACACGACCAAUACAUUUUCCCUGCCCCUGUGCCAUGGCAAUGCCCUGGGCCAGUUCUUCUGUGAAAUCCCCCAGAUCCUCAAGCUCUCCUGCUCACACUCUAGCCUUAGGGAACUGGGACUUCUUGCUGUUACUGCCUGUUUGGUAUUUGGUUGUUUUGUGUUCAUAAUUUUCUCCUAUGUGCAUAUCUUCCGGGUUGUGCUGAGGAUCCCCUCUGAGCAGGGACGGCACAAAGCCUUUUCCACCUGCCUCCCUCACCUGACCGUGGUGUCCCUGUUUGUCAGCACUGUUAUCUUUGCUCACCUAAAGCCUCCUUCCAUCUCCUCCCCAUCCCUGGAUCUGGCCCUGUCAGUCCUGUACUCAGUGGUGCCUCCAGCCGUGAACCCCCUCAUCUACAGCCUGAGGAACCAGGAGCUCAAGGAUGCCCUGCGGAAACUGAUGACCCUAUCUUUUCAGAAGAAAUAA